AUGGAUGAUAGUCCUGGGAGGUUAAAUAUCGUCCCUGAUCACUUUCAAGUAUCAACUUCUAGUGAGGGCACUCCUCAAAGCAUUACUUCAUCUACUCAACAACCAAUAAUUGACAAUUCAUCCAGGUCAGUUAGUCGUUUGUGGUCUGGAAGAAAACUAAAAAGUGCUGCAUUCAUGCUGAAUUUGUUCAGCCUACGGAGGCUGUCAUGGGGUUCUAGCACUGAUGGUCCGGAAAAGGUUGAGUUAACCGUGGCAGAGUUAGAAUCACUUCGAUCAGAACUUGCAUAUGUAGAAGAGAGGGAAGCUCACUUGAAAGCUCAGCUGGAAAAUGUUGAUGUAAUUCUGCGCUCUGCUCGAUUCUCUGGUUAUUUGUACAUCCGAACUAGAUGGACAGCUCUACCUGGGGAGCCUCCGCCACUUGAUGAUACUGAUGUAGAUGAUUGGCUUCCUCGCUUUGUUGUACUUAAUGGACCGUGCAUCUUCUUCUAUUUGUUGUCCACAGAUUUGAGUCCUCAAGAUUCCACUCUACUCUCCGAUAUUGUUGAAGUAGGUUCUCUGCCAAGCUUUACACGAGAAAAUGAUGAGACGUGGUAUGCCUUUUAUAUCUUAACUCAUCAAGGUCUUCGAUAUGAGUGCUCAAGUGUUUCUGAAGUCCAGGUUGAUUCAUGGCUAAAGGUAUUGCAAACUGACAUCAAGUCGGGUUCAAAGACAAAAGUUCCAAAUGGUUCUGGUGAUGUGUAA